AUGCCUAAACUAACCAAAAGCGCUAAACAAGAUUUGAUCUUGACACAUCUUCGCGCCACUGGAACCUGUCACACGCUCAAGGAUCUAGAGAAAACGCUACCGUCGGUUGCAUCCAUCAAUGGCAUCCAGGUCAAGGAAUACAUCCAAACCUUGAUCGAUGAGGGCCAACUACGAGUCGAAAAGAUCGGCAGUGGGAACUGGUACUGGAGUUUCAGCAGCGACGAAAAGUACGAAAGAGAGCGUCGGUUGGCCCAAGUGACCAUGGAGGUGGAGAAAGUCCGGAAGUCUUGUGCCGAUGCAGAAGCGGUGUUGGCCUCUGAGACCAUUCGUCGAGAGGAAGAGAAGGAUGACGAACAUGAAAGAGAAUCCCUCAUGACCAAAAAAGCCGAGCUCCAGGCGACAGUCGAUCGGGUACGGAUUACAGAGGCCCAACUCUCCGGACCCCUCAAUUCGCUCAACAGCAAGGGUGUGAAGCAAAUCCAGGAGGAGUUAGCGGGGUUCCAACAAAAGGCACUGGAGUGGACAGAUAACAUCUACAUUCUAGAGGAGUAUUUGCGCAAAUUAGCAAGUGGAGACCGACAAAUAAUUGAGAGUGUAUUGCGCGAAUGUUAUGGAGACGAGUACGUGGACGGAGAGGGUCUUUGCGAGCUAGGAUAG